CGCAACUAUCGCACCACACAAACGCGCCGCCCACCACCACUGACAACGAACACCCCAGCCAGCAAACAUCCAAAUCCGUUUUGGUUGCACGCCUGGCUGCGAUCUCUCAAGAAGUGACAUUGCAUGCGAUGGGGUGUGGUGCGAGCAAGCAGACUGAAGUGAAAGACGAUGGUGGUGGCGGUGGUGGAACCAGCGCGUCUGUGGUGGCUGUGUCACGUCAUGGAGUGUCUGCGAAUGACGUAGACAUCACUGUUGGUGUGAAGGACUUGGCAGACCUGUGGCCUUGUCCUAGGCACCAGCGGUCUUCGGGUCGCAAGCUACUUCGCAAAACGCAGCAAGCUGCGAGCAUCGCCAACAGAAAGCAGCUUCUCCAACACGUGGUGGACGCGAUUCACGCUGGAGAUGUGGACGCCGUCUUGCGUGUGCCGGAGCAGAAGGCAAUGACGCGCUUGUUCACCAGCAGCACAUUUGUCGACACCAAGGACUGGCGCAACUGCCUGAUGCAGGACGUGUUUCCGUUUCUUUCUCAGCUCUGCGCCAUGCUCGGCCUGUCCUUCAACGUCAUUGACAUGCGGUGGGGCGUGCGGUCGUCCACGGGCAACAACCACGGCACCAGCGCCCUGUGCAUGGCCGAGAUUGCGCGCUGCCUGCGCGGAUCUGUUGGCCCGGCAUUUGUCACGUUCCUUGGCGACCGCUACGGUUUCCGCCCUUUCCCGGCCAAGAUCAACGCAAGCGAGCUCGAUGCCAUGCUGAAGUGGCUGGAACAGUCAUCGGAGGAAGCAGACAACAACGCGGUGCGCGUGUUGCGGCAGUGGUUCUUGCUGGACCAGAACUGCAGCCCACCAGCAUACAUCCUGCAGCCUGUGGACACCAUCAUCCCCGACUACACCUCCCACGACCGCGACAAGCAACGCGCUGCCGGGGCCAAGUGGUGGCCGCUGUUUGAGCAGAUGCAGCUUGCCCUGCGACGUGCAAGCAAGGCCCUUCCCCACCAGGACCAUGUUCACGCUCACGGUCAUGGCACUGCCGAGGAAAGCACAGGCAGCCAUGGCUCUGCUGGCGACGGUGUUGGUGAGAGUGAGGGCCAAACCCGGCUAUCGCCGCGGCUCAAGUACGAGAUGAGCGUGACGCACGAGGAAGUGAUCAACGGCAUCCUGCACAAUGAAGACCGUCGCACACAAGCACUGGCAAUCCUGCGCUCCCUCGAGUUUGACUGGGACUCGUACAACUACAAGGCCGAUACCAGGCACGGCCCCACCAUCAAGGGGUUUGCAGAUUGGACCGACAAAGGCACACUGGACAAGGACGCGUUCGAGCGCCAACGCAAACUGAAGGAGGACGUGGCUGUGGCCGGCCUGUUGCCCACACACGUGCACAAGUACACCGUGCCGAUGGACCAGCAACUGGCCGGACUGGAUGACGCCGCGUACUGCCAGCACCUUCGCACGUUCGCUGACCGCACCUGCGCUGCACUCGCUGAGAUGAUUGUGCAAGGUGUCAUCGACACGCAAGUUGCCCUUGGCCAGGAGACGACCGAGGUGUGUUCGCAGUGGCGGCUGUGCUUGAGGAAAGCGGGUGCCCUCCUCGCCAGACACGCAGAGGUGGAAGCGAUUGUGAAGCACGCACUUGGGGACAACAGCUUUGUGCGCCCAGCAGCCGGCGUACGCGCGAACGCGUUCAAGGGCCGCAUUUUUCAGCACACCGAUGGACAGACUGAUGACGCUGAUGGUCGUGAAGCAACAGACGAAAGCGACGGGGACACUAAUGCAAAAGAAGCCACUGGUGGUGAUGCAGAUCACGGCAAAAGUGGUGAUGGUGGUGAUGGCGCCGGGGACGAAGAGGAGCAUUCCACGUGUAUCAGCAGGACCAGCAGCAUCAGCAGCGCUGGCGGCGGUGGUCAUGGCACCACAGGCCGCACCACCUUCCAUCCGCUCGUUGUGUACGGCAAGUCCGGGUGCGGCAAGACAACGCUGAUGGCUGCGGCCGCUGUGGAAACAGCACGCGCGUGUGUUCGUUCGUCACGACGCAGUGGUGGCAAACAGCCUGUUGUGAUUGCGCGGUUGCUGGGUACGUCUGCGUCCACAGCAGAUGCCAGGUCAGUCAUGGCGAGCGUGCUGGAGCAACUCGCCUGCAUGUCUUCGGACCUCCGAAACGUGCUUGCAAGCAGAUGCGCCACCAUUGCGCCCUCGGUGCGCCUGUUGCCCUUUAAGCAGCUGAGCAAGCUGUUCCACGACAUGCUGAUCAUGUUCGCUUUGGACACGGCACCACUCAUCCUCUUCCUCGACAGCCUUGACCAGCUCUCCGACGCCGACGACGGGCGUGAGCUGGCCUGGCUGCCCAUGCGGUGGUCCAGCAGCGACCUCCGCAUCAUCGUCUCCACGCUGCCGGAUGUCGGACCCUGCCUGGCGUCGUUGCGUGCAGGCAUUCCAGCCGCCACCGGCACCGGCGACCGCAAAGAUGGCGCGCCGUUCUGGCUCGACGUGCAGCCGUUUGCUGUGGACGAUCUUCCACUCGUUCUCAGCGCGUGGGAGGAGCAGUGCGGGCUCUCGUUCAUUCCCGCGCACCGCGACCGCCUCCUCUCUGCUUUCAGGGCGCAGCCGGUGCCGCUGUACAUGCGCCUGGCCUUUGACUACGCGCGCCGCAACUGGCACUCGUACACGGACGAGCACGCACCCGUCCUGUCUGUCCCACCAACAGUGACACGCCUCAUCAACGCGCUCUUUGAUGAGCUGGAGGCGCAGCAUGGCGCACUCCUUGUCCGUCAUGCGUGUGUGUACAUGGGCUGUGCUGGCGAUGCCGGGCUCUCCCCACAGGAGCUCGAGGACCUGCUCUCGUGCGACGAUGAGGUGCUUGACAGCGUGUAUGAGUGGUGGGUGCCCCCCUUUCGUCGCUUGCCGCCUUCCCUGUGGGCGCGUGUGCAGAACGACUUUGGCGAUUACUUGGUGGAGCGUGGCCACGCUGGCACUGUUGUGUACUCCUGGUAUCACCGCCAGUUUUGGGAGUGUGUGCACACGCGUUAUCUUGCUGACGCAAACCUGACGCCAUUUCAUCGCCGAAUUUCCGAUUACUUUGGCAACAAGUACGCAAAUGGCGUGCAGUACAAUCACGUGCUGCACAACAGACACGUCACCCCACAGCCGCUCUAUUUGCUCGGUGUUGGUGAGGACGGGGACAGCAGCGCACCCGCUCGCGCGUCGUCAACUGACACGCAGAAGCAGCAACAGCAGCAGCAGCAGCCAACACCCAACCUUCGUCGGCUGACACAUCAGAUUCGCCACCAAGUGGAAGCGCGGGACGUGCGUGGGCUGUUGCGCGAGACCCUGGGCAACUUUGCGUUUCUUGUGGCCAAAGCACAACACGCGCUGCUAUUUGACUCGUUGCGCGAUGACUGCGUCGCAUGUCGGCAGCUGUUGUUCAGCAUCAAAAAUGCAGCAGCCAAGAGCAGCAACAGCAACGACAACGACAACGACAACGACAACGAUGACCGUGGCUGUAUUGGCAGCACAGAAGAGCAAGCAACACUUGCGGUGUUUGUGGAGUUUAUUCUGGCCAAUGUGCAUCUUCUUCGCCGCUUUCCCGGCAAAUCGUCCAUUGUGCAGCUGGCGCUCCAGCGCGAUGCGAGCGACCCCGUGCACAAGGCGGCGCGGGCAUACGUGGACUGGUGCCACACAGGCAACAGCAGUGGCCGCGAUGGAGGCGAGAGCGAGGCCGAUGAUAGGACGGCUGAGGACGAGGGCGCGUGUGAGCACGGUCAGGCUCGUGAUGCCUUUGAAGCGGUUGCAGACGAGGAUGAUCGCAGGACACAGGCGGCCACGCUUCCUGUGCUGUGUGAAUGGCUGAACCGUCCCAAGGUGCAGGAUCCCUGCCUGGUCACGCUGCGCGAUGACUCGCCAGAGGGGCUGAUGUACGCUGUGCUGCGACGCAACCAGCGGCAGCUCCUGUGCUGUGGACGCGCGCAUGUAGCGCUUGUGUGUGAUUUGCCUUCGCAGACGCUUGUUGGUCGUCUUAAGGGACACUCCUCCUCCAUCAAGAUGAUUGAGGAGCACCCAAGCAAGGAUGUGGCCGUAACGGCCUCGCACGACCACACGGCGCGCCUGUGGGACCUGACAACAAUGGAGUGCAUGCACACGCUGCAUAUCGACGGCAUGUGCCUGCUGGCGCGCUUCAGUGCAGCCGGCGACCGCGUCAUGACAGGCUCCUUCACGGAGCAGCUGCUGGUGUGGGAUGCCGCCAGCGGGGAGCAGCUGAAGAACCUCGUUGGCCACCGUGGGCAGAUUGACGAUGGGCACUGGGUCUUGGAGGACCGCGGGAUUGUGACAGUGAGCGAGGAUGGCAUGCUGCUUGUUUGGGAUGUGGACGAAGGAAAGGCGCGCACGGGCAAAUCCGUUGUUCCAAACUCUCACUCCAUCGUGGCAUGCGAUGUGUACCGGCCCAACAACACCGUUGUCACAAUUGACCGGUCGCAAAUUGUCUGGCUCGUCAACUACGACACGCUGGAGCGCGUGUGGAAGGGCCGGGGUGCGCCUGAGAGCACGUGCAUCCGCUUCAAUCACGACGCCAGCCUUAUUGUCACCGUUGGCAGCCUUCGCACGAGAGUGCUCGACGGGAAGACGGGCAGCUGCGUGUUCAAAGCAAGCGACCACACGGCCUUGAUGUGCAGGGCCCGCUUCCUGCCAUCGGGGUUGCUGGCGACGUUCUCCGAGGACCGCCGCGCGCAUUUGUACAAUGUGGCGGAGAAGAAGAAGGUUGCACACCUGAUUGGACACGGCGCUGGAGUUGCUGACGGCCUGGCGUAUGGUGAGAAUCAGCUGAUUACGAUUGGCCGUGACGGUGACGUGCGCUGCUGGGACAUUCAGCGCGCCCUCGACACCUUCAUCAAAGACUCGUCACAGUACCGGCAUUCCAACCUCAUUUUCCAGAUUGCCAUGUCUCCGUGCGGGCGGUACGUUGGCACAGCAUCUCAAGAUUCGAGCGUUAUUGUGUGGGACGCAAACACGGGCGACGCCAUUGCCCGCGCAUCUCCAAAGAAAGUCAAAAGGAGUUUGGAGUCGUUCAAGGCAUGCUGUUUCAGCGCGAGUGGCGAGUACUUCCUUGCUAUCGCCGAAAAGACUGUGUUUGUGUUUGAGAUGACAACGCUUGAGGUGAUAAGCACCGCGGCGGUGAGCAUGUGCACGCAGAUGUGGUUCAACGCUGAUUGCACCAUCCUGGCAACAUCCAGCAGCUGGUUUGCGAACGUCAACCUGUUCACGCUGUCGAGCGAGGGACAGCUGAAGGAGCUGUAUGACAUUGGCACCUUGGCUUUCGCCUUCCAUGCCACCAUCCCCAAUCGCUUUCUCUUCCUGGACAACGCCAAGAAGGAGGUGGUGGUCGAGGACGUUACGUUGCCAUCGCCGGGUGAAGAGGUGACGACGAAGACUGUGGUGAGCAUGGAUGUGAUGCCUGCAGGCAAGGGCAACGGCGCAGCCUGGUCGCAGGAUGGUCGCACUGCCGUCAUCACGACGGAGAUGGAGGCGGGCGUGCUGCUGCUGGACAUGGAGAAGCAAUGCCAGUUACACGCGAUCCAGCUGGAGGACACGCUAGUGUGGAAGCCGCUGCUGACGUGCGACGGUGGCGUGUGCAUCACCACUUCGCCACACGGCCAAGUUGCCGUGCGUGCCUUUGAUGUGGCGGGCGGCAAGCUGCUUUACUCACACAUGCUCGAUGGUGGUGAAUCGUUCAACUCUGCCCUGUCGCAUGACGAGAGCAUGCUUGCUGUGGCGGGCACCGAUCACUCCCUGCGCAUCCUGGAUGUGCGCACUGGUCAGCUGCUCACAUGCCUCACGCUGCAUGUGGACCGGGUCAUGUGCGUUGCAUGGCACCCAACAAAGCAUGUCCUCGCCUCGGGUGGGGCUGAUUCGGAGUUCAAACUUGUCCGUGUUGGGCGGUGAGUGACGCGAAGUGUGUGUGUGUGUGUGUGUGUCUG